UAUCUAAUCAGCAAGAAGAAAUAGUGAAUAUUCUAAAAUGUUUAUUUGAAGGCUUAGUUAAGACAUAUAAAGAAUUUGAAUCAAGAUCUUGUAGAACAAAUGAGUUACAAAGAUGGCAAGAUACAAAUAGUCUUUCAGUAGCUAGAAAAUUUGCAUAUUAUUAUAAUUAUAUUCCUGAAUUUGCUA